AUGAAAUGGAUGGAGAGCCAAGAUCUUCGACGGGCCUGCUCGGAAAUCGCAAACAAGCUGGAGAAACUCGUCACGGCGGGCGCUACGACCAGCAACCCACGCCCCGACGCCGCCGCGAUCACCUCCGCGGCCAAGGCUGCCGCCGGCUCCGAUCAGCCGGGGGCGGUGGAGACGGUGCGCUGCGCGUGCUGCGGCGUGGGCGAGGACUGCACGGCGUCGUACAUCCGCGGCGUGCGCGCGUCCUUCUGCGGCGACUGGCUGUGCGGGCUGUGCGCGGAGGCCGUGAAGGAGCGCGCGCGCCGCGACCCGGUCGGCGGCGUGGCGGCGGCGCUGGGCGCCCACGAGGCGGAGUGCAGGGACUUCAACGCGACCACGAGGCUGAACCCGACGCUGUCCCUGGCCGGGUCCAUGCGGCGCAUCGCGCGCAGGAGCCUGGACCGGAGGACGGCGUCGUGCCAGGAGCGCGGCAGCGCGCCGGCGUCCAGGGCGGCGGCGCUGGCGAGGUCCGCCAGCUGCGACCCGUGGUUCAUGGCCAACGUGAUGGGCGAAGCUUCCGGGGACCGGCGCAGAUGA